AUGACCAAUUCAGGAACACAAACUAAGAUGAUAAGUAUUAUAGUUCUUCUGAAAAUAGUAAUAAAAGAAGCGAUUAUUAAGAAGAUAUCGAUUCGAAUUAUCAAAAUAAGGAUGAAGAUAUAGACACAACUCACCAUCAAACUUAUGAAAACAAUAAAGAGAGAAUAAGAAAUAAAAGAAAGAGUAAUAAUAGUACAGGUGGCAGCUAUUAAAAAAGAGGAGGUUAAAAGUACGUUUUAGUAUAAUAUUGUAUUGGGUGAUCAUACAAAGGCAAUUUUAUGCAGUUAAAACAAGCCAUAGAAUCCAGCAUACCUAAUGUUUAAGUUGAGGGUACUGAAUACCCUAUUACAGCUUAAAAGCAGUUAAUUUGCAAUAUAAUUACUGCAAUUCAAUAUGGAGGUAUUGCAUUUAUGUUCUUUGGAGAUACUUUGUUUUAAAUGCUUAAAAUUGCCCCCCCUCAAUGGUAUUACUCAUUAAAGGAAAAUAAAUGGACAACCAUUAUAUUCCUUUUCAUGGUGGGAAACAUGGUUAUAUCCUAAAUCUCACAAAGCGGAGCUUUUGAAGUUUUUUGCAAUGAUAAGUUAAUUUUUUCUAAGAUUCAGUCAAAUAGAAUGCCUAGCUUAGAUGAAAUAAUAGACCCUAUAUCAAAUAUGUGAAAAUUAUGAAAGAAAUUUUUCUUAUAUUUGA